UUCUUUCUUUCUCCUUUCAAUAUUGUUAAUCAAUGUUGUUAAGUGUUUUUGUUUUUCUUUCCUUAAUUUCAUUUGGAUAGAAUGCGUCAUAUCUAUCGAAUGAUUGAAACCGAUCGUAUAGGUAAAGCAACAUUAUUGAAAAAUAUACAGUAUGCAAUAAACGUUAUGGAAAAUGCUUAUAUAGCAGAGAAACGACGUAUUCGUGAAGAAGAAGAAGAUUUGUCAGAAGCUGCAACAGAAUAUGUACCAGAUGAAGUACGUAAUUGGCUUGCUUCAACAUUUACACGUACUGUACAAAGUGUUGGGAUUGGUGAACAAAAGCCUAGAUUUCGUAGUGUUGCCAAUGCAAUUAGAGCUGGAAUAUUUGUUGAAAGAAUUUAUCGUCGUAUGUCAAGUUGUUCCAACCUUAUUGUUCCACCAAAUGUACUUCUAUUUCUUAAAACUGGUUUAGAUACAUGGAAUUUUGAUGUAUUUGGAUUGAAUGAAGCAAGCGAAAAUCAUGCAUUGAAAUUUGUUGCUUUUGAAUUAUUACAUAAGUAUAAUCUUAUUAAUAAGUUCCAAAUAAAUAGUACUGCAUUAGAAAGUUUAUUAAUUCAACUUGAAACAGGCUAUAGUAAAUACAGUAAUCCAUAUCAUAAUUUGGUUCAUGCAGCUGAUGUAAUGCAAACAUGUCAUAUGAUCAUUUUUAUGAAUGAUCUUAGGCAGAAUUGGUUAAAUGAUUUGGAUGUAUUUGCUGUAUUAUUCGCUGCAGUAAUCCAUGAUUAUGAACAUACUGGUACAACUAAUAAUUUCCAUAUAGCCACACGUUCUGAAUUAGCUUUAGUUUAUAAUGAUCGUGGAGUAUUAGAAAACCAUCAUGUUAGUGCAGUUUUUCGUUUAAUGCAAGAAGAAGAAUUUUCAAUACUGACUGGACUAGAAGCUGAUCAGUACAAAGAAUUCCGUCAACUUGUAAUUGAUAUGGUUUUAUGCACGGAUAUGUCAUUACACUUCCAACAAAUUAAAAAUAUGAAAACUAUGAUUUCAAUGCCAGAAAGUGUUGAUAAAACAAAAGCAUUAUCUCUCAUUGUUCAUUGUGCGGAUAUUUCACAUCCAGCAAAAGAAUGGUCUCUUCAUGAACAAUGGUCUGAUAUACUGUGUGAAGAAUUCUUUAGACAAGGUGAUCGGGAACGCGAAUUAAACCUUCCAAUAUCACCACUAUGUGAUCGUAAUACAGUUGUUGUACCACAAUCACAAAUUGGUUUUAUUGAUUUCAUUGUUGAACCAAGUUUCCAAGUUCUUGGUGAUAUGAUUGAACGUAUUGUUAAUCCACCACAAACUGAAGGAGUUCUACCAACAGAUCCAACAAGUCCUAAGCCUAAAUCACCUGAUCAAGAAACUGUUGGUGAACAAAUAGUUCCACGUCCAUGGGUUGAUCAUUUCAAAGAAAAUAAAGAAUCAUGGUCAAAGAGACUUCCACCAAAAACUUAAGAAAAUAGAAGAAGCAAAUUCAGAUGUAAAACUAUUAUUACUAACAUUAACUUUAUUCUUACUAUCAUUCCAAAAAAAGAACAACUUAGAUAAAAUACUUUCUUUAAGUCAUUUACCAUUGAGAAAACUACUACUACUACCACCAAUACUAAUACUACUAUCACUACCAUUACUAAUACUACCACCACCACUACUACUACUACUACUA